GGUUAGUCAGCUGAUCACGAGUACUUCACGUCUUAUGAUUGCAGAAUUAUAGUAUUAGGGUUAAUUAUAUUGUGUUUAAUAUAUAGCGAUCUAAGUUUAUAGAUUUGUAUAUGUAUUUAGAAAUGUUUUAAUUACGUUGAUUUAUCCGAAUUGUGCGGUUAUCAGGAUUAUAUUUCACUCGAGUCUACCUGGUUGUAGGUAUUGUUUUUUUAUAUCAAGUUAGUAUUUUUAUAAAGACUGGUUUGCUGAUAUGUCUGGACCAAACGGAGAUCCGAACAUUUCAGCUGAUGAUGGAAUUAUCGACGAUGAAGAUGAAUUCAAUGACGAAGAAUAUGCAGCAGUCAACUCCAUGCUGGAUCAGAUAAACUCAUAUCUGGAUGGUAUUGAGGAGAGAAAUGAUGCACUGAAUGGAAAACUACACGAGCUUCUGGAGUCCAACAGACAAGCCAGACGAGAGUUUAGAGAACAUGUGAAUGAUGCACAUACAGAGGAAGAUCACCAGCAUCAUCAUCAUCCUCCUCCACCAGCUGAAGAUUCAGCAUCCAGAGACUCAAACAUCGAGGACUAGAUGAUUUCAUCCUGAGACCAAAACUGUCUGUCUGUCUGUCUGUUGUUUCAUGUCCUGUCUGUUCCUGAUGAUGUCUCGGAUCAUUCAUUAAUACAUUUAGAUUUAAGAUAUUUGAUGUAAAGUGAAUUACUGUAGUAUAUUUUAAGGACCAAUAAAAUAUAAUGUAUUUGUCAGUGUA